AUGAUACGAAUGACGGGUGGCACAAAGCUCCGCAAGAUAGAAAGGCGAUUUUUUGUUUUAGAAUGUAUCGCCUGUGGGGAUAAGCUGCCACCAAAGCAAAGUUUCCGUGCGCCAUGCGCUCAUCACUAUUGCCGGGAAUGCAUAGCGAAUUUCGCGAAGGCGUCCACAAGAGACGAAUCUCUGUAUCCCUUGCAGUGUUGCCAGAUUCGAAUGCCAGCGAAGAAAGUCGCGCAACAACUACCCAAAUCACUGCAGAUACGAUUUUGUGCCAAGUCUGUGGAAUAUUCCGUCUCACCGGCUACACGAGUGUACUGUGCGAAUGAGAAAUGCUCUGCGUUCUUGUGCUCCUCAGACACUCGAAAGGUGAACACCACCUGUCGGAUGUGUGGCACCAUGAUGUGUCUCGCAUGCAGGAACAGAAGACAUGCUGGAGAAGGAUGCGUAGAGGCGGGAUUGCAGAGAGACUUGAAAAGACUCGCAGACGAUAAGAAUUGGCAGUCAUGUCCUGGCUGCCGGGCGAUCGUCGAACGUACAGAUGGGUGUAGCCACAUCACGUGUCGCUGUUCCACUCACUUCUGCUACCGAUGUGGAGCUCGCUGGCGCAAGUGCUUUUGCCACAGAGAAGAUCACUGA